AUGCCUGUCGUCAAAGGUGGAGUGUGGACGAACAUCGAGGAUGAAGUCCUCAAAGCUGCCGUAUCCAAGUACGGUCUGAAUCAAUGGGCUCGUGUGUCGUCUUUGCUUGCGCGAAAGACACCCAAGCAGUGCAAAGCAAGAUGGCAAGAAUGGCUUGACCCAAGCAUCAAGAAGGUCGAGUUCACCAAGGAGGAGGAUGAGAAGCUGCUCCACCUAGCGAAGUUGAUGCCCACACAAUGGCGGACCAUUGCUCCUCUCGUCGGCCGAACCGCCAAUCAGUGUAUCGAACGGUACCAGAAACUCCUGGAUGAGGCAGAGCAGAGGGAGGCUUCAGAGCUUAGCUUGACAGGAGGAGAUGAGACGUCCGCACCGACGGCAGACGAUGUCAGAAAGUUGCGACCGGGUGAGGUAGACCCCGAUCCGGAGACGAAGCCCGCGCGGCCCGACACCAUCGACCUCGAUGAAGACGAGAAGGAGAUGCUCAGCGAGGCACGAGCUCGCUUGGCCAAUACUCAGGGAAAGAAAGCGAAGCGCAAGGCCCGUGAGCGACAGCAAGAAGAGUCCAGGCGUCUUGCGGCUCUUCAGAAGCGUCGCGAACUGAAGACUGCUGGAAUCAACAUCAAGGUUACUACGCGGAAGAAGGGUCAGAUGGACUACAAUGCCGACAUUCCUUUUGAGAAGAAAGCUGCGCCAGGUUUCUACGACACGACCGAAGAGAUUUCGCUGAAUGACAGGCAGCGAGCAAACUUUGACCCCAGAAAACAACAGCUGGCGCAGGCGAAAAGGAAGCAAGACGAGGAAGACGAAGCAGGGCGUAAGAGGAGGAAGGCGGACAAAGAUGCACCCUCUGCUUCCUACCGGGAGGCCCUUAAGGCUGGCCAAAUGCAGCGCCUCAGGGAAGCUGAGCAGAGCAGCAAGAGAAGAGCCCUCAACUUGCCAGCACCUCAGGUCGGCGAAGGCGAGCUGGAGGAUAUCGUGAAGAUGGGCAUGAUUGGCGAGCGCGCAAACACAAUGGCGGAGGGUGAUAACGACGCCACACGAGGGCUUGUCAACUCGUAUUCAGCCCUCAACACAGGAGCGCCAAUUCGAACACCAAGAGCGCCUGCUCAUGAGGACCACAUUGCCAACGAGAUCAAAAACAUCCGAGCAUUAACCGAGACACAGUCCUCUCUCCUUGGUGGCGACAACACGCCCCUGCACGAGGGUGCUGGCUCCACCGGUUUUGAGUCUGCCGCUCCAAGGAUGCAGAAUAUCGUCACCCCCAAUCCUCUUGCAACCCCCCUCAGGUCAGGUUCAAAUGGCGUUGGUGCUACACCCUUGCGUCCAGGGCAAACGCCCCUGCGGACACCGCGUGACAGUUUUGCGCUCAAUAGCCAGGGGAACGAUAUGGUCUUGAGGCAUAGGCUUCAGCAAGGUCUAGCAUCUCUGCCCAAACCAAAACAGCAGGCAUGGGAGCUUGAGCUACCAGAGGAGCAGCAAGAGCUUGCAAUGGUCGAAAAUGGUCUACCGGAGGAUGCUUCAGAGCGUGACCGCAGGGAGCGAGAAUUGCGUGAAGCGCAGGAGCUUCUAGAGAGGAAGAGGCGCACGCAGGUCAUGCAGCGAGGGCUUCCGCGACCAGUCUCUGUCAAUUUGACGGUGCUCUCGAAGGCGGCUGAGGGUUUUGAGGAUCCUGCGGAGAAGGCUAUCGCGCGGGAAGCAGCACUGCUCAUGGCUUACGACGCCGCCAAAUUCCCUCUUUCUGAUGCCACACGCGGUGUGAACGUUCCCAGCUUGGCUCAGAUUGACGAUAGUGCUCUGGCGGACGCACGACGGCAAAUCCUGAUGGACAUCAAGGACAAGCCGAAGCCUGAGGAGGUGGAGGCUGCCUGGGCCAAGAGCAAUAACAACUCGCUGCUCUUGGGUCUUGGUUGCUACGAUGACACCGAAAAUGAAGAGUUGGAGGCCAUGAAAUUGGCCGCUGACGACAUUCAGGAAACCAUGAUCGCGUCCGCCGAGAAGGGAUCCAAGCUGGAGAAGAAGUUAAACUUGCAUUUGGGUGGCUAUAAGCAGCGCGCUGAGAUGCUGCGGAAGAAGAUCGGUGAGACAGCAACGGACUUGGAAAAGGCCACUAAUGCUCUCCACGCUUUCGAAAUCCUGGCUGCUUCAGAGGAGGCGGCGGUCAGAAACAGGCUGGCUGCUCUGCGGGAUGAGGUCAACUUUGUGGGCAGGAGGGAGAGAGAAGCGCAGGAGGUGUAUAGGCGGAACCAGGAGGAGCUGAGUGCUCUGAGGGCCGGCGGAGCAAAUGGAUAUCAUUGA